UUUUUAGUCAUUAAAAUAAGAAGUUGUUUAAAGUAAUAUGUCAUUUCUAUCUUUUUACAUGUAUAUUGUAUAUAAUAGACAAUUACUCUAUAGAUAACGGUCAAAGGUCAUUUAGUCUCUGAGAAUAUUUCCCUUAUUGAUUGUAUUCUAUAAUACUUUUUAUAAUAAAGUAGGGCGUGCUGUUUUUUUUAUUAAAAACUGAUUGAUAGAUUAUGAGAAUAGAUUCCCUUUACGCUUUUAUUAUAUUUACAUAAUAAUUUAAUCUUUGCAUUUUUGCUUUCUUUCUUCUUCAUUUCAUUUUUCAAAAUAAUACUGAAAAAAUGAAGAACAGUCCAAAAAGAAAGGAAACUAUACAAAAUGGAGAAAAUCUUCGUUUGCUUGUUAAUGUUCAGUACCAUUGCUUUAGCUUAUACAAGGAUGGAUUUAUUCUCGGAUGAAGAACCUUCGUUCAAUCCUUUCAUAUCUGAGGAAUUUGAUGAUAACUCUAAUCUUAUCAAAAGAGGACGAAUCAUGAGAGGGCCUCACAAGGGUAAGGAGUUCUGCGGAAGAAUUCAAAGAAAGCCAAUUUUUUGUGGUACGGGUAGAUUCUGCUGCGCUAAAGGGGUAUGCUGUAAACAAGGACAAGUUUGUAGGUUUAUGCAGGAGUUUCACGUGUAUCAUUGUAUAAACGGUUUGUGAACGUAGAAUACGUUAAAAGAAGAUUUGAUUGCUUGUUCAUCAUAUCAAUACAACUUCUAAUUACCUU